AUGCAAGAGCAGAGUUCAUGUAACCUGGCAGAUUACAAUAUCAGCAAUGCUUCAGCAAUCGGCUUCAUUAAUUUUAGUUCGCGUCAGCAGGCUGUCUUCGAACCAUUCGGACUCGGUACCAAGCGUUCCUUACAAGCCGGGAAAGAAACCUACUAUUACUGUUUCAUCGACUACUCCCCAGUGCUUAUGAUAUUGUCCUCUUUUCUCGCAAUCCCCACUUCCCACAAACCCCCAGUCAUGCUUCAUUCUGACUAUAAACGCAUGAUCAUGCCGGACGAUACUUCAAAGGUGGCAGGAAGCUUCAUCCUGGAUACCGAUGCCAGUGACGUCGCAAUUGGCGCAGCGUUGUCGCAGUUAUUCCCAGAUGGACAGGAACGAGUUAUAGCUUACGGAAGCCGAACCCUGGACAAAAGUGAGAGGCGGUAUAGUACCACGCGCCGUGAGAUGUUAUCCCUUGUGUACUUCGUUCAAUAUUUCCAACCUUACCUAGUUGGUCGUCCAUUCCGGGUCCGCACUGACCAUCAAGCAUUGCAGUGGCUGAAAAACUUCCGAGACCCCCAAGGACAGGUUGCUAGAUGGCAGGAAAAACUACAAGAGUUCCAAUUUGAAUGCACCUAUAGAGCUGGAAUACGCCAUGGAAAUGCCGAUGCACUCUCCAGACGCCCCUUUGAAGCGCUUAAUACAAUGUUUCAGGAUCCGAUGGUCGAGACAGAGUGGAGUACAGCACAGAGGAAUGACCCCUACAUUACUUUUAUUUACCGCCGACAAGCCCACGGAUGCGUGAAACCGGUCAGUAGAGAGAUGUCGGGAAAACCCGUUGAUGAGCGGAUUCUUUGGAAUGCGUGGGCCAGUCUAAAAAUGGUGCAUGGCGUGUUGUAUACACAGACUGAUGACCAACUGAAGGUAGUCGUCCCAAAAGCGAAGGUAACCGAAGUGAUCCGUAUGAUGCACCAACAAUUGGGACAUCCGGGAAAAUACCGGACGCGGUCUUCCAUUUCCUAA